GAGGACAGCGUCCUCACUGGGGUGGCAGUUGGCUUGGAGGUCACCUGGGGGCUCGCUCAGCUAACAGGAGAGGGUGCUUGUUCCCCGCAUUCGUGGUGGUCCCUCCUGGUCACCCAUCGAAGCAGUGUUUGUGGUGGAGCCCCUGAGGGCUUGGUGGGGUUGAGCAGAAUGAGGAAAGGUUUCAUGGAGCAGGGAGGGAGACGGCUAGGGCAGCAAGUGAAGGACAGACUCGCCUUCCCAUCCCUCCAGGGGCACUCCUGCCAGCCAGCCCCUCUCCCGCUUCCCAUGAUGGGGUGGCUGUUGGAAUUCUGCACCCCAUCUCUUCUGAUUGUCGGGGCCCAGGACAAGGGGACAGGCAUUUGUGGGCCUAACCUCCCCAGGCAGAUAGGAGGAGGAAGCCAUGUCCCAGCAGGCUAGGGCAGAGGGACCCCCAAUGCCAACAGUGCUUUAUCAGCGGGCGCCAGGCAGGGCCAUCCCCAGGGUGAGGACAACAUCUCCCUGGGCCCUGUUAUCAGUCACAGAGUCCACAGGACGCUCCUUGGGUUAACGUGUAACCAUGAGCCCUCCCCUCCACCCCCUGAAGCCACUCGCUCCCAGAUUAGGUGGCUCUGGGGCUAUCCGGCCAGCAUGGACGCUGGCAAAGCGGGGCAGACCCUGAAGACUCACUGCUCAGCCCAGCGCCCAGAUGUCUGCAGGUGGCUGAGCCCCUUCAUCCUCUCCUGCUGCGUGUACUUCUGCCUCUGGAUUCCCGAGGACCAGCUGUCCUGGUUCGCUGCCCUGGUCAAGUGCCUGCCCGUCCUCUGCCUGGCUGGGUUCCUGUGGGUCAUGUCCCCAAGCGGGGGCUACACCCAGUUCCUCCAGGGAGCCCUUGUGUGCUCGGCUGUGGGAGACGCUUGCCUCAUCUGGCCGGCAGCCUUCGUCCCUGGCAUGGCCGCCUUUGCCACCGCCCACCUCCUCUACGUCUGGGCCUUCGGCUUCUCUCCCCUGCAGCCCGGCCUGCUGCUGCUCAUCAUCCUGGCCUCUGGCCCCUACCUCAGCCUUGUGCUCCAGCACCUCGAGCCAGAUAUGGUCCUUCCGGUGGCAGCCUAUGGGCUGAUCCUGAUGGCCAUGCUGUGGCGCGGCCUGGCCCGGGGCGGGAGUGCCGGCUGGGGCGCGCUGCUCUUCACGCUCUCUGAUGGUGUGCUGGCCUGGGACACCUUCGCCCAGCCCCUGCCCCAUGCCCGCCUGGUGAUCAUGACCACCUACUAUGCUGCCCAGCUCCUCAUCACACUGUCAGCCCUCAGGAGCCCGGUGCCCAAGACUGACUGACUAGGGAGCUUGAAGGGCCGGUGUUCAGGCCCUCUCCUCCUGCAAGGACCUGGGCCUCCCAGCCCAGCCCAGCCUGAGAAAUACCCUCAGCAGCGAAGCUUCCUGACGCCUGUCUGCAGGCGCUGCUGCCGCCGUUGCUUCUGGCUGAAGACGUUUGAGGACGAUUUGCGGAAUUCCAAGUCCACUACUGGGUUCCAGCUGCCUUCCCCCGGUUCUGACUCCAGAUCCCUGGCUCCUCAGCCAGGCCCACAUGGAGUCCUCCCAGCCACCAGCCUGCCUCCAUGUUCACUGUCGGCUCCACAGCCUGCCCGCCCCCUGCUGCUGCUCUGAAUCUGUUUUCCCUGUGGGUGUGGAACCGUAGAUGUUGCUGUUACCGUAGGAGAGGCCUCGGGGAGGGUCAUCAUUGUGAUAAACCAUCGCAGUUAAUGACAGCAGAAGGUUCUUUGUCGCUCCCCAUGGACCAGGCCUGGUGCCCAGUGGGACCCUCCAUGGCCCUCUGGUGGGGGGAUUCGGGGGGAUAAAGUGAGGAUUGUGCAGAACUGA